AACUCUUCAUUCCCAUAAGACAUCGCUUCCGUGCAAAUUACAAAAUGUCGGACAAAUAAUUGAGUAGAAUAAAUCUUCUUUCCCAUUAUUUGAGUGAUUUUAGGCCACAGAGAAAAUGUUUUCAGGGCUUCCAGGGCCGCAGCAGGCAAUGAGGCCUGAACUUUACGAGGAAGUGAAGCUGUACAAAACAGCCAGGGAGAGAGAAACAUAUGAUAACAUGGCAGAUUUAUUCUCAAUCAUGAACACAUUGCAAUGUCUGGAGAAGGCCUAUAUAAGAGACGCUGUCACGCCUAGAGAGUAUACUGCUGCAUGCUCCAAGCUCCUGGUGCAGUACAAGGCUGCUUUCAAACUCGUCCAAUCUGCAGAUUACCCAACUGUGGAGGCAUUUAUGAAGAAAUUUAGGCUUGACUGUCCUGCUGCCUUGGAACGUGUCAAAGAAGGCCGACCAAUCACUAUUAAAGAUGACAAAGGAAGCACAAGUAAAGCUAUUGCUGACACAGUGUCUCUAUUCAUAACCAUAAUGGACAAACUGAGACUACAGAUCAGAGCAGUUGAUGAGGUUCAACCUGAUCUGCGAGAUCUGAUGGACACAAUGGCCUCUAUGGCAAUACUACCAGAAGACUUUGAUGGGAAACAGAAAGUCAAUAUGUGGUAUCAAACACUCAAUGGUAUGAAGGCAAGUGAUGAGCUGACAGACGAACAGGUCAGACAAAUGUUGUUUGACUUGGAGCAGGCCUACAACUCCUUUAACCGGUCACUACAACACACCUAGUUAAGACGUGUAGCCAAUGUACAUAGACAACAAUCAAUCGAGAAAUUGCAACAGCCCAGGAAUAAAUAGCAAAUCCUUCAUCUGGUAGACGAAACGGAAACUUCCACUAUGUGGAGUUUUUUUCAUGUUGGCCACAAAAAAAACUUGUAGAAAAAAAAAAGGUGUAUUUACAAUGAUUUUCAAUAUUACUGUCAACUCUUAUAAAAAAUGUUCAACAGUAGAACUGCAUUCUUGCUUCUGUCAUUUAAUUUAAUGAAAUUGUAGUUGGUACUUUUUUUACUGGUCUGCACCUUGCGGAGACGUGGCCUGAUUGGUAACCAUUUUAGUGCUGGCCAAUGAAAACGCUUCAAGGAUUAGCUAGAAGCUAGCUAGAAGGCAAAAGGCUGGAAAUCGCCAGCGAGAAUUUCCAGAAUAUUGAAAACCAGCAAAAAAAAAGCCAGCGAAAUAUUCCAUAUGUCGAAUUGUCGUAAGAGAUAAAUGCUGUAUUGAGACGCUAAAUACAAUAUUUGGUGAAUGACUGAAUAUUGCACUGUUAUUUUAUUCACAGAAAAUAAAAGUUUUGUCUUAUUACUAUUA